AUGGCCGCGCUCUCUCCGCUUGACAAACUUAUGCCCCGCGGCUACGUCCGCCAAAUGUUUUGCUUCCCCUCGACACAUGCCGACAUAAUUAAUACACUUAGAGCAGGCUUGAAGGGCGUUGUAAAUGAUGUUCCCUACCUUCUUUCCGGGAUCCUCACCAGCGAAGACCAAAAACAUAUUUCCCUCAGCAGUCCUUAUCAAACACUAGAGAACCUCUGCUAUGAACAAGAUCUUUCGGAUACCGUUGAUUACGCCGCUAUCAAGACACAAAAUUUCCCGCCCUCAGCAUUUACUGCACCAAAGAUUAUACCUCCUGACACGCAGCCCCCGUUUCCGAAUCCGGCGCCGGUAUUCCGGGCGAGCGUGUCGCUGGUUAGAGGUGGAUUCAUAUUAUGCCUCGCCGUUCAUCAUUGCACGACCGACAUCACCGGAUUCGGGGCCUUGCUUAAGAUAUGGGCCUCUUACUGCCGCACAGGCGCGUCUGCAGUGGCUAGGUUCGAUCCGUCUUGGCUAGACCGUGGGGCCUUGAUUGAGAGACAUAGCAUCCCCGAUGUGAUAGCACCUACUUCUAUACCUAGGUUACUCCAUGUCCGGGGACCUGACGACUAUGCUAGGCUUGCUGGUCCAGCAUCAUCGCCUAAUGAUCUCAGGACUGGCAUAUUCUUCUUCCCGCAAACGAAGCUACAGGCGCUGAAGCAUGCCGUGAAUAAGCAUAUCGCUUCUCAGGGUAAUGCAGGCUGGGUUUCUUCAGGUGAUAUUCUCACAGCGCUGCUUUGGAGCGCCAUACUAGCUGCCGAACAAGUGCCGUCCGCCGCUGAAUCGGACGCAACGACUAACCAAAGGGAUACCAGUACAAUAGGUUUCCCCGUGAACUUUCGCUCUCGUUUUAGCCCACCCUUACCCUUAAACUACCUCGGUGCCGCCUUUGUGAUGACAGCCGCCACAGCUUUACGGACGGACCUAAUAUCUUUUGCUACAGGGGCAGCCUCUUCUAGUGACCACGCCCUAUUGGAUUUUACCUCGACCUCAAAACUAGCCGAGAUUGCUUCCACAAUUCGUGCUUCCCUUCGCAGUGUUGAUGAGCAAAGCGUGCGAGAUAUCCUGACAUAUUUAAAUACCGCGUCUAGUGACCAUCCGCCAAUCACGCUGGGACCGCGCCAUGACGGCAUAUCAAUUGUCUCGUGGGCGGACCAAGCCGUGUAUGAGUUAGAUUGGGGCGAUACAGUUGGGAGAUGUGACGCCGUUAGGUGGCCCAAAUUGGCAAAUAAGAGAUACCCUAUCAUUCUGCCUAGGAUCCCAAGUAGCACCAACGGCGACGAAGGAGGUUUAGAGGUAAUUGUUAGCUUCAAUACGCAAGUGUUCUUCAAAUUUGAGCAGAGUUGGCCGAUUAAAAAAUUCGCGACUACUCGGUGUUGUUCGUAA